AUGUCCUUCAACUACAGUGAAGAGAUCAUGGACUACUACUACAAUGACAGUUAUUCCUACGACUGUUGCCUAGCCCAGCCGUGCGAUCUGAACCCCUACCAGAACUUUUCCAUGCAGUUUCUGCCUCCCUUCUACACCCUAAUUUUCCUGCUGGGUCUCGGAGGCAACAUGAUGGUCAUCGCUGUCUUGCUACUGGACAGAGUCUCCUUACUCGGGACCGACAUUUUCAUCUUCAACCUGGCCAUCGCGGAUAUUCUUCUGGUGUUCACGCUUCCUUUCUGGGCUGCCCAGGCCGUGCUGGGCUGGAUCUUCAAGGACUUCCUCUGCAAGGUCAUCGGCAGCAUCCUGAAGAUCAACUUCUACGCCAGCAUCCUCUUCCUCAUCUGCAUCAGCUUUGAGCGGUACCUCUCCAUCGUCUACGUCAUACGGAUGUACAACAGGAACAAGCGCUUCCUGAUCGUCUACACCACCUUGCUGGUAUGGCUCGUCUGCUUCCUGCUGACGGUGCCCGACUUCAUGUACCUGAGGGCCGAGUUUGACAGCCGCCUGAACGUUACUUCCUGCGUCCUCUCCUUCCCACCUCAUAGUAGCAAGAGGUGGAGAAUCGCCCUGAUCGUCAUCAACCAACUGGUGGCUUUCUUGCUCCCUCUGAUGGCCAUGAUCUACUGCUACGUCCACAUCAUCCUCACCCUCCUGCGCUCCAGAGGGUUCCAAAAACACAAGGCCCUCAAGGUUAUCUUGGUGGUGGUGGUGGCCUUCUUUCUCUGCUGGUCGCCCUACCAUUUGGUGCAGUUCCUCAACACCUUGCUCCAGCUGGACCUCCUGGAGAAGGAUUGCCAGAGGGAUGAGAGCUUGGACAUUGCCGAUACCGUCACCACCAGCUUAGGCUUCUUCCACUGUUGCCUCAACCCGCUGCUCUACGCCUUCGUCGGCGUCAAGUUCCGGAACAAACUCCUGACCGUGCUGAGGAGAUUCGGCUGCAUCAAUCAGAACUUCCUGAAGAAGCAUUCCAGGUCCUUCAGCCAGCAGAGGGAUUCAAGUUGGUCCGAAAGCACAGAUUGCUCCUAUGCGGCCUUCUAGAAAGAUCUGGAG